CCCGGGCGCCGGGCAUGGCGCUGCUGACAGCGCCCGUACGCGUCUGAGCCGGCGGGGGCGGCGAAGACGAGGCGAGAUGAGGCGCCUGCAGCCCGGGGCCGCGCUGCUUCUGUCCCUGCUAUGGGAGUGUACAGAAGCCAAAAAGCAUUGCUGGUACUUUGAAGGGUUAUAUCCUACCUAUUAUAUAUGUCGCUCCUACGAGGACUGCUGUGGUUCACGCUGCUGUGUAAGAGCCCUCUCUGUCCAGCGACUAUGGUAUUUUUGGUUCCUUUUGAUGAUGGGAGUUUUGUUCUGUUGUGGAGCUGGUUUCUUUAUUCGAAGACGGAUGUACCCUCCUCCACUUGUAGAAGAACCUACUUUUAAUGUGUCUUACACCAGACAACCAGUUAACACUGCAUCAGGGUCACAACAACCUGGAGUGCCAUACUACACAGAUCCAGGCGGACCUGUGAUGAAUCCCAUGGCAAUGGCUUUCCACGUCCAGCCCAAUUCCCCACAAGGAAACCCAGUUUACCCUCCUCCACCUUCCUACUGCAACACACCCCCUCCUCCAUAUGAGCAGGUGGUGAAAUCCUCCACAUGAAGACUCUUUGGCUCUCAGACCAGACUCUGGGAGAAGGUGCCAUUGCAAAACAACCAGGGUGGUGGGCAUCUGCCCCUUUGAACACUUGCUAGCUUUCCACGUCCUCUCUCCCUCCCUACCCUGCACCUUUCCUCAUUAAAUUUAAAUUUGCAAAAGGGUGAUUUUUUUUUUUUUUGCAGUAGAAGUGGAUUUUUUCUUUGUCUUUAAAAUGAAAGAAGUUGUCUUUGUAAUGCUUUUAAUGGAAACCUAUAUUUAAAACCCGUAUGUCUUUCUCUUUA